AGCGGGGAUCCCCGACGGGCCAUGGCCAGGCCAGCGGCCAGCUGGGCACCACGGAGCGGCUCCCCAACCCUUUGCUCUCCUCCCCGCCGCUGGGGGUGCCCCGGGGCCGGCAUGGUCAGCCUGAAGAGCCUCCUACAGGGACCCAUCAAGAGCCCAGAGCGCAGGCCGAAGGAUCUGACCACCUGCCUGGCCAAGGAGAAGGAGCGGAAGAUGGAGGAGGAGCUGGGGGGCGCUCGGGCGGGACAGUGUGCCUACCUGGGCUCCCUGCUGUGGGAGCGGACCCUGCCCUACAGUGAGAUUGAGUACGUGGACCUGGACGAGUUCCUGCUGGAGAACGGGCUCCCCCCCAGCCCAGCCCAGCCGCCCUUCUCCCCGGCCAGCCAGGUCACCAGCUCGCCCUCCAGUGGCAUCGCCGUGGACCUCAGCCGCCCGGCCUCCUGCACCUCCUCCGCCUGCUCCUCGCCCGCCGAGUGCCCGGGCAGCAGCGAUGGGGACCAGUGCUGCACCACAGCAGGUCCAGUGACCCCCGCCUCCCGGAAUACACCCAGCCCAGUGGACCCCGAGGCGGUGGAGGUGCUGAUGAACUUUGACCCUGACCCCGCAGACCUGGCGCUAUCCAGCGUCCCGGGCCACGAGACCUUUGACCCCCGGAAGCAUCGGUUCUCGGAUGAGGAGCUCAAACCGCAGCCAAUCAUGAAAAAGGCGCGGAAAAUCCAAGUGCCGGAUGAGCAAAAGGAUGAGAAGUACUGGAACCGGCGCUACAAGAACAACGAGGCGGCCAAGCGCUCACGGGACGCCCGGCGGCUCAAGGAGAACCAGAUCACGGUGCGGGCCGCCUUCCUGGAGAAGGAGAAUGCCGUCCUGCGGCAGGAGGUGGCCAGCAUCCGUCAGGAGCUCUCCCGCUACCGCACCAUCCUCACCAAGUACGAGUCUCAGCACGGCGCCUUGUAGGACGCCGGCCGCCUGCACCGCUACACACCCCGCCCCCCUGCGGACGGCGGGGGGGGGCUGCUUCCCCGCAGCCAGGGGGCGCCCUCUUUCCCCCUUCCCCCGCUCCUGGGCUCCCCCCCUGCGGGGGCACCUGGGCUCUAGCUGGCUCCAGCGGAUGGAGGUGACAGUCCAGGACCAGGAACAAGGAGAGACAUUGGCUUGGAACUGGACCCUGCUCCCCCUUCCCGGGCGGAAGUGGGGAGCCAGGCUGACUCUUUCCCGGGGUGCGGGCCGGAGUGGGGGGGGUCUGAACUGGUGAUGCGCCCCCCCCCCAGCCCUGCAGCAGGACUAAGCGGGGGUUUGGGUGGGCGUGCACACAUACGCCCCGCCCCACUGAAUGGAAGAGGUGGGUGGGAGCCACAGAGCCAAUCGGUGGCAGGGUUAUCUGAUGGGGGGAGGGGCUGGGAGCCAGGACUCCUGGGUUCUCUCCCCCACUCUGGGAGGGGAGUGGGGUCUAGUCGGUUAGAGCAGAGGGGGCUGGGAGCCAGGACUCCUGGGUUCUCUCCCUGGCUCUGGGAGGGAAGUGGGGGCUAGUGAUUAGAGGAGGGGGCUCUGGCCUCCCAGAGCUGAGGGUAGAACCCAGGAGUCCUGACUCCCAACCCCCCUGCUGGAAAAGAGACCAAGGGCUGUUACUUUGCCAGCUCUUGUGCAUCACCUGCUGGCGGUGAGUUGUAAUAGACACCUGUGGCUUCUAUCAGUCACAGCCAGGGACUGGGUGAGGGGGCUGGGCUGGGUUUGGCACAGUCCUACAGUGCCCCAGGGCCUGGGGGUCCUUCACCCUGGUGCCCCCCACUCCCCCUCCAUUCUUCUUGCUUCAAACUGCUUCUCAACCAUCAGAUUUCAGAGCAAGCAAGGCCAGUAACGUUGCUGGGGGGUUAGAAUCUCAGGACUCCUGGGUUCUCUCCCCAGCUGUGGGAGGGGAGUGGGGUCAAGUGGUUAGAGUGUGGGGGGGGAGACCUCUGACCUCCUAGGGCAGGGAUAGAACCCAGGAGUCCUGACUCCCAGCUCUCCACUGUUCUAACUACCGGACCCCACUCCCCGCCCAGAGCCGGGGAUAGAACCCAGGAGUCCUGGCUCCCAGUCCUUAUCCUUUAACCCUUUGCACUCUGACCACUUUUGACGCGCCGGUGUUGCUGGCAGGGUGGGGGGGCGCGCGGCGCGUCCCCGCCGGAACACUCCACGGGUUUGCACAGGGGCUCAGAGCAGGGUGGGGGGGGGGAGGGGAGAGUUCUUCUUAAGUAUUAUUAUUAUUAUUCUAAUGAUUCGCUCUAUAUUUUGUUAAGUGCGGCCGGGCUGUCCGGCCCCCGCCCCUUCCGCUCCAUCUAGCCGGUUAGGAUUUUCCAGGGGUUUUCUGUCGUUUCGGGUGUUUUUACGAAGCCGGGGCCCCAGGCGCCGCCCCACGGACCCCAGGCGUUUACCGGUGCGCCAGAUCCUCGCCCGCCGGCUGCUUUUCUCGGGGAGCGGGCGAGGCCACGCGACGGAGCUAGACCAUUUUGGGGAGAAGACAGCGACCCGGCCCAGCCAGCUCCCCCCGUGGCAGCAGGGCUGGACGGCGGACGGACAGACAAAGGCAGCGGGUGGAUCUAUUUUUUCAGGGGGGGGACAGACAGACACACACGGCCACUGCAGCUCAGUUGGGGCGGAAUAACUAUUCCAGAGCAGCGCGGGAUCUGCGUGGGGCGGGGACAGCCGCCCGGCUGCAGCGAUCCCAGGCCGGCGCGGGAUCGGACGACGGUGUUUUAUAUUUUUAUGGAGGGGAAGGAGACUUAUUUCAUACAGAAAGAAAAAACAUAUAUAAGGGGGAGGGUCCGAGGUCCGGGGCUCGGUUGUCAAUGCCUGGUCGAGGGGAGGUUCUUGGUUUAUUUUGUUUCCUUUCCGAAUGCUCACUGAGGAAUGCAGAAGGGCGGCCGGCCGCUUCCGCCGGCUGGUGCCAAUUGUACCAGGGCAAUAAAAGAGCCGAGAAAGCGAUGAACAGAGA